CGGAGGAAGAAGUUCUGGUAGCCCAAUUGAUUUCUUUCCUUGAAACAAGAGUUCAGAAUUGCUGGAAUUCUCAGAAACCAUUACCUGUCUCACAUCUUCAAACCCAUCAACAGUUUGAAGUACCAAGUUCCAUCUGGGGCUUUGUGUCAUGAAAAUGUCCAGCACUAGGAUGUCUCCUCUAAUGCUGAGCUUCUCUUUGGUUCUUCUGGGUGUGUCUAGUGCUUCUACUUCAUCUUCCAUGACCUCUGUGAGUAGUCACACAACAGUUCAGCUACGGUACCCAGAAAGCAGGCUUCAUAUCUUUUCACAAACAUCCCAUUUCCUGGAUGGUCUUGCAGAAAACAAAACAGAUACAUCUACUCAAGAGAUUACAGCUAUGGCUGAACCAAUUCAUGCCAUUCUGCUACCCAAUCUGGAUGUUAGCCAGUGGCACCGUAAGAUGCUUCCCCAGACACAAACUGAAGAGGACCACCAAAUCACCCUUCUGGAAAGGCUUUCCCAAAAAAUGGAGGGGGCCCCUCUUCCUGAGGGAAAGUUGGAAGUAUCUACAGCAACUGAUGAUGUCUCUCUAGAGAAUACUGCAUAUGAGCGAGGGAUUAUGGGACAAGAAGUAUUGCACGAGCAGGAAAGUGGGCAUGCUCAAAUGCCUCCAGAACAUAAUCAAGAUCGCCGUGUCCCAUUUAUCCCUGGGGGCUCUGGCCAACGUCCUCCUUCAUGGAAUAACCCACAAAAGCCAAACCCUUGGCCCAAACCCAAGCCUAAACCCAAGCCUAAACCCAAGCCUAAACCCAAACCUGAGUACAACAUACCAGAUAAACUGGAAAAUGAGGACAAUGCAUUUAAUGAUGAAUUUACCUCUCUAAACUCAUCUACUUGGGGAUUCCAAGUUCAAUGGAGCGUAUCAUUCGCCAUCUUUCCACGUAGUUUUGCUGGACUACUGGUAGCCCACUUGAUCACCUAAACUUUAAGAAUGUGUCAUUCCUGUCCUUGGUAGUCCUUAAUGGAAAACAGCUCUUUCCAUAAAUCCCACUGAUGUACUAUCAAGAGUGCUGUGGGAACAGCCUAAACAUAGGUUAGCCCAUAUUUCUCUUUUCUGAUGCUGGGUAUAGGCAACCAAUGCACAGCUGCUGUUGGUAGGGAUGAUGGGGAUGAUGAUGAUGAUGAUGAUGAUGAUGAUGAUGAUGAUGAUAUCAAUAAGGUCUUCAUGUCACCCAACCCUCCAUGCAUUCCCUAAACAAUAUUGAAGCAGCCCACCACGGGAGUGAGUUAUCAAGAGUAAGCACACUCCAUCUUUCAUGACCAAUGUCUUCUAAGACUUUUGAUUUAAUGCUACAGGGAUCAUUUUUAUCAGCUGUA